AUGACCCAGCGUCAACCUCUACCCCUGUGCUGCCACGUUCUCGGUCCCGGCUGUAAAUGGAGUAGCAAGCCGAAAUUCGCAACUGAAUUAACAAAAUUUGGCAUUUCGGACAAAACUGACGGUGUCCAGCGCCUUGCCAGGGAACUCAGCACUGCUCGAGACGCAUUGCAACUUGAUAGUGCACAAUCCCACUCAUUCUUUCAAUCGGCUGAUGAUAUUUCGAGCUAUACAGAGAAAUUGGUUCAGUACUUGGCACUCGUGAAAGGAUUCAUGGAAGCUGCAGACAGGCGACAAAGUGGAGACCACAGGCUACUGUCGUCGAUGGUGCCCAUAAACGAUACGAUCGAUGGUAAUGGUCUACGACAACCACUGGUAGAGAAGAAUGGAGAUCACAAUGAAGCUGCAGCUAGCGACUAUAGUGGAUGCCUCAACUUCUGUCGGUGGCAGGACGCACUUACGGGUCGAACAAUUUAUACUCAAAGCGCAAGACAUGAAUAUGCACAUGUUUUGCUGGCUGCAGGCAUUUUAAUGAUGACGGAUGCUAGGGAUAAAGUGGAUGCAAUAUUCUUCGAAAGGUUGACAGAACUCGAUGAGACACAGCUUAAACUUGCACAUCAACUAUUGCUACAUGCGUCUGGAGUGCUGGAAGCGUGUCUCGAGUCAAUGGGCAUCACUCCUCGUCAUAUAGGGGCCAAGUUUACUGACCUUGGAGUGCAUAAUGAGGCUCCGACCGAAGCGCAGAGAUUGACACCAACAGUAGUACCCGAUGACGACAUGAUGGCAAAGUGGCGGGAGGAGCAGCUUCAAGCUCCGGAGAGCACGAAGGAGAUCGAGCGUGGGCAUUCCAUUAAACGAGCAAUGGAAGACGUUGCAAUGCUCAAGUGCGUACCAGAUCUUGCAGACGGUCGUUUUCCGCAGUUAUUGGCGUGGAUUGCACUUGUCGAGGCGCAGGAACUCGUGAUUCUUCGUGGGGUAACACGUAAGGUCGUUGACUUUUCUCUCAUGGCCAAAUUGUCAACGGACAUUUCGACGAGAUACAAAGAAUGUCAAACCUUGGCAUUUAGUUUGUUGCCCAACUCGAUUUCAACAAUAGCUGAACGUAUCCGCCUUUUUUGCGCCUACAAGGGGCCAUACUACCAGGCCAUAUCAAUGUACUUCCAAGGUGCUGCGUGCAUGUUGAUAGAAGAUGCACGAAACUGUGUCCAGGCCGUGGCUAAUUUUCAUAAGGCUUUAGUGCUGUUUGAGGGAGUUGUUCCGAUUGAAAGAGGCUAUGAGGCCAAGAUGAAAGCGGACAAAGUUGAAAAGAAGCGCGUGUCGCAGUUAGCCGCCGUGUUUCUUCGAUUGCAGCAGAUUAUCAGUCGAGAUUUGGAGAUUGUUACUCACCGUAAUGAUACUGUUUAUUACGAACCGAUUCCACAGUCUCAAGUCGCGUGUAAUGGAGUGAGUCUGGUGAAGGCAGUAGCAUUUCCAUCCGUGUCCACGAGUGACUUAUGGCGUGAUGACGAGAUUACCAGCUGCUUGAAGCCUACAACAGUAGCUGCAUCGAUGGAAGAUUCUGAUAAUCAGCAGCAACGAAACAGUCGUGCUCGUGACGGAUGCUGUGCAAGCUGCAUUGUUUCCUAA